AUGGCACCAAACAGUUCUCAGUUUGGCGCAGAAGGCGCUACUCCGUUGAAUAUACCUGCGGACGGCUAUGCGAUACCUGAUAUUACCUUUUGUGAUCCUAAGAACCGGCGUCUUAAGGUUCUCACAGUUGGUGCAGGUUUUUCGGGGAUCAUGAUGGCUUACUAUAUUCAAAAGCAAUGCCAAAAUGUUGAGCAUGUGAUUUAUGAAAAGAACCCUGACAUCGGUGGUACAUGGUAUGAAAACAGAUAUCCAGGCGCUGCCUGCGAUGUCCCUUCACAUGCGUACACAUAUCCUUUUGCUCUCAAUCCUGAUUGGCCAAAAUUCGCCAGCGGAGCUGUAGAUAUCUGGAAUUAUCUGGACAAGGUUUGCGACACUUUCGAUCUUAGAAAAUACAUGACCUUCAACACUGAGGUAAUCGGUUGUUUUUGGGAUGAGGAGGCUGGGAAAUGGUCUGUCAAGAUGAAGCAAACAUCAGAAUCUGGCGAGAAGGAAUUUGAGGAGACGUGCGACCUGUUACUGCAUGCAACGGGAAUAUUGAAUAAUUUCAAGUGGCCAGACAUUAAGGGAAUCCAAAACUUUAAAGGCAAAGUCAUUCAUACUGCAAGAUGGCCAGGUGACUAUCAACAAGAACAAUGGAAGAAUGAGUCUGUAGCCAUCAUUGGUUCCGGGUCUUCUUCCAUUCAGACAUUGCCUGCCAUGCAACCUCAUGUUAAACACAUCGAUGUUUAUGUACGUACACCUAUCUGGUUCAACUCGAUCGCUGGAAACGACGGACGAGGCAAAGAAUACACUUUGGAGCAACGCGAGAAGUUCAAAAAUGAUUUGCCCGCGCUUGUUGAGCAUGCAAAGUAUUUUGAAAACCAGAUAAAUAGUCUUUGGUAUAUGUUUUUUAAGGACAGCGAGGCCCAGAAGGAAGUCCGAAAAAUGUUUGCUGCCCGAAUGGAAGAGUCUAUCAAGGACAAGAGACUUCUUGAAGGCUUUACUCCAAAAUUUUCUGUUGGAUGUCGGAGGAUGACCCCUGGCAAUCCUUAUAUGACUGCAAUACAAGAGCCAAAUGUAGAUGUUCAUUUUUCUGCAGUGGAGGAGAUUACGCAAGACUCGGUUAUCGACAGUGAAGGGGAGGAGCGUAAAGUGGAUACAGUAAUUUGUGCCACGGGCUUCGAUGUCUCAUAUCGCCCACGAUUCCCAAUAAUAGGUCAGAAGGGAGUUGAUCUCCGAGAAAAGUGGAAAUUAGUUCCCGAAUCAUAUCUUGGUAUCACGGUGCCGGAUAUACCUAACUUUAUUACUUUCAUUGGACCAACAUGGCCUAUAUCUAAUGGAUCUGUUUUGGGACCUCUUGGCGGGGUAGCAAACUAUGCUAUAAAAUUCAUUAAGAAGAUGCAGAACGAAUUUAUCAAGUCUAUUGCUCCAAAUCAAGAUAUGACGGAUCUUUUCAAUGCACACACACAGGAAUUAAUGAAGCAAUCCGUUUGGACAUCAGGCUCAGGGUGUCGUUCUUGGUAUAAAAGUAAAGCCUCAUAUCUAUCGAUUGAGCCCCAUUUACUAAGUCGGAGAAGAUAA